AUGUCAGACGUUCACGAGGACAACAUCACCAUGUCUGAACUCGAUCAAGAGCUCAAAACCCUCGAGGACUACGAGAUCCUUGUCAAACAACUGCGCCAGGGAAUCAAGCUGCGCGACGUCGGUUGGAAAUCUCAACUUGACGAAUCCACUCAAGAGAAUGCAGGUCUGUCUUUUAAAGUCACUGAGCUCACCACCUCCGUGAACAAUGCGGAAGGUCGAAUUAGGGAGCUUGAAGAUCAGCAAAAGAAGCAGCAUGUUGAGUUAUUGGCCAGGAAUAAGGAAGUUGCGGACCUCCAAAAGGCGGCGGAGGAGACUUCCGAGACCUUAUCCAAUCGUCAACAAGAAUACGACCACUUGAAGCAGCAGCACGAUGAACUCAAGUCGCGAGCUGAGCAGGUCGAGAACUCAUUCAAUAGCACCUCCGAUGAGCUCAAGAAAGUACAGGCAGACUUGAAGGAGACUCAAGAGAAUCUCACUGCUCUUCACAUACAGCAUGAGAGUAUGAGAACUUCCAGCAACAACAAGCUCAAGGAACAAGCCAUCGCGAACAGAAACAACCUUCAGACCAAGCAGACUGCGGACCAAGAGCUUGCCGUGCUGCGACCCAGGGUGCAGGAACAACGCCAGCGUCUAGAGCGUCUAGAGAAGGAAAACCGGCAGAGGCAGGAGCUUGAGGGUCGACUCCAAACACGAAUCAGAAAUUUGAGUGGAGACGAAGCCUCUCUUCAUUCCAAGCUUGCCGAUGCCGCUGAAGAACAAGAGAGGCUGAGGGGCGAGGUCCACAUUCACGAAGAGUCUUUGUCAGAAAUGAGAGCCAACAUGACCAUAUGCCAGAAUGGCUUGGCAUACAUUGUCAAUGAGGUUCGCAAUGCUCUGGUUCGCACUGCUCUCAAGCGAGAGCCUGCGAGGGUAAGCCUGAUUGCUUUCUUCAAUUAUCAUGUCCCUCAGUCGACCAUUCGAGUCUUGGAGGAAUACGAAGACUUGCCUAAGGCGUUGUCCUGGUCUCUUCACGACACUCCAUCAGGUGUGCUAACUUCUAUCCCCUCUCAAACUUUUGAGCACCUUUCUUCAACUCUGAGGUUCAUUCUCUUCACCGCUCCUGACUCGGCCAUGUGUGCUGCAGUCAUCGAGUGCAUCAUGGCCAAGAUCAACCUGGAUGAGGCCGAUGAGACUGGUUUGCGAAACCUGAUCGCCGCUGUGCGUAUCUCUCUAGAUUGUGCCCUUCCCACCAGUAUCGUGCAGGCACUCAAUGAGGCUCGGACUAUCGAGGCAGUGAUCCGAGUCUGUCAUAGUCUCACUGUAGAGUAUGACGAGAUAGGUGUGCUUAUCGAUCUGUGGCUCAGCAAGCUGCCAGGAGGCGCGGAUAACGACUUCCUACUUCAGGCCUAUCGCACUUGGUUCUCAGCAUUCAUGAAUACCGGCAUAACACAAACCGAGUCCUUAAUGGACAUAGUCUCUGGUCUGACCCUGGCACCCGAGCUUUACGAAGUUCUCCCUGUCGGCUCAGUGGCACAUCCACGCUAUCUGGUGGUUCUCGGUGUUACAUGUCUCUUGAUUGACGUUCAAGGCACGACCAUACACAUGCUUCAGCUUGAGAGCAUGAGAUACGACAGUGCCAAGAGGAUCAUCUCUUUUGGCAUCUCCCACGGUGGGUCUGGAACGUUGGCCGGGCAGCAAUUUUCUGAUUUCUAUAUCGGCUUCUCAAGGGACAAUUCAGACUUCAUCUGGGACAACCUGAGAGCCCUCCUUGAGUAA